AUGUCUAUGAUCCCGUUGUUCCUGAUACUAUUCUGUGGUGCCGCGUUGUCCGCGGAAUCGACAGAGGAAUCCAAGCAAAGUAAACGGGGGAUCAUCGACACUGGAGGAUGGGUCGGCAUACCAAAUCCGUAUGGGUACGGACACGGGCACCCUUGGGCAGGUGGUAGCACGCCUUGGAAAGGGAUCAAGUACCCCUCUUUCGACCUAGGCCACGGAGGAGGAUUAUACGGGGGUUUAUCGUACGGUAGAGUGCCAUCUAUUCCCUUCUCGUUCGGAAGAGGUGACUUCUUGAAGACGGUUCCAGUGUACAUAACGAAACACGUGGUCCUAGAGAAGCCAGUACCUGUUCCUGCGCCAGUUUACAUCGAGAAACCGUACCACGUGCCCGUAGAGAAGGUGAUCCACGUACCGAUCGAGAAGAUCAUACAUAAACCGAUUCCAGUUCCUGUUCCGGUACCCGAGGCGGUCCCGAUACCGGUGGAACGGCCGGUUCCGAUACCGGUGAAGCACCCAGUGGCGGUGCCGGUGCAACAACCGUAUCCAGUUCCUGUGAAACAAGCGUUUCCAGUACCGGUUCCAGUGCCAUUUCCGGUCGCCGUGCACUCGCCGGUGCCGGUUUACGGUCCAGGUCCGCUUCCUGGUGCCUUCUACGGUAGAGGUUACGGUUCUGGACAUUUUUACCCGUCGUUCCAUGGUCCACAUUUCCCGGGACCCUUCGUUCACGGAUUCGGCGGUGGUUUCGAACACGGAUUUGGCCACGACUUCGGCCACGGCCACGGUUAUGGACACGGACAUGGACAUGGGCACGAAUUUGGACAUGGACACCUUCAUAAGAAACGGAGCGAAAAUUGA